AUGGCAGAUUUAGCGAAACCGAGAAAGAUACGAGGAGGUCAUCGUGGUUAUUUAACCAAGAUACUCGCUCAAGCUACAGGGAUGUUAGAGAACUUCAACGAGGAACUUCGAAUUGAAGCUUCUAAGCUUAGGGAAGGCAUAGUUGACGCUGUAACAAACAUACAGAGACUCGAUGAUGAAAUUGUUGAGCUAAUUGCGAGCGACAAGGAUUCGACCGAAGAGGAUAUUAUGAAAGAGAUCGAGGAUGCAGGAAAAUUGAGAGCGGACGCUAGAAAGAUUGUGAAAAAGCUUGACGAAAAAUUGUGUGAGAAUAAUGUUACCUCCGUUGUGGAAUCAAGUGCUGGGUCAACGUCGAAUGAGUCGGUAACGACUGCGAGUAAAGUUCGAGCCAAGUUACCGAAAUUGGAAGUUAAAAGAUUUAAAGAGAACGUGUGCAAAUGGCAAGAGUUUUGGGACUCGUUCGAGAGUUCAGUACAUUUGAAUGACGGUUUAUCUGACGUAGAUAAAUUUAACUAUGUUCGAGGGCUUUUAGAAGAGCCAGCAAAGUCAUGUAUCGCCGGAUUUUCGUUGACUGCGGCGAAUUACAAGUCGGCUGUUGAUAUUUUAAAGGAACGUUACGGGAAAAAGUCAGCCGUACAACGUGCACAUAUGCAGCAGUUGAUAAAAGCCGAGCGUGUUAAGGAUGAGAAAGAUCUGGUGUCACUGCGACGUUUAUGUGAUCGUGUUGAGACACACUACAGGGGUUUAGAGGCGCUGUGUAUCGAGAAAAAUACGUAUUCGUCGAUCGUUGCGCCUCAUAUAUUGGAUUGUUUACCCGAGUCUGUGCGGUUAAUCAUCACAAGGGAAAAGGACUUCCAUGAGUGGGAUGUAAAGAAUUUACUAGAGCCUUUGAAAAGGGAGAUUGAAUUGCGGGAAGAACGUCGCGAGCCAGAGCGCAAGGGUAGUCGAGAGUUUGUCGAACGCUCAAGCUGGAAACGAAGACCGUCCUCGGCCCAAGCUUUACAAUGGUAUAGAUUC